GUUUGAAGUUAGCGCCGCAACGCCGAGGGGGGAAUUCCCUGUGUUGACGUCGCGAGUUGAGGCAGGGAAAACACCUUGCAGAAGGAGGGAAGUGGGCCGCAGCAAAGAGGGUGCCCUUCCCUCCCCCCCAACCCGCAUCCAAGCAACCAAGGAGCGUGGCCGAGUCUAUUUAAGAGGCCACCGCUCCGCCAGAGAGGGCGCCCGGAGCGAGACGCGGAUCCAACCACGCGCACUUGGAGAAGCACGUGCCAAGAACCACCAUGAGAGUCGCACUUCUUCUCACGGUGCUGUUUGUCGCCAUCGGCGUUGCGAUGGCUGGCUACCGGAGAGGCUACGGUGGAGGAGGAUACGGAGGCUACGGCGGAGGAGGAUACGGAGGCUAUGGCAGAGGAAGAUACGGAGGAUACGGCGGAGGGGGAUACGGAGGAUACGGAGGCUACGGUGGAGGUGGAUACGGAGGUGGAUAUGGAGGUGGUUACCGGGGUUACAGUCGACCCGGCUACGGUGGCUACGGCGGAUACGGCGGCUACGGUGGCUAUGGUUAUGGCCGCGGCCAUCAUCACGCCCAUCAUCAUCCUCACCACCACCCUCAUCAUCACCACCAUCACCACCACAGACAACACGGUUACGGCGGUUACGGUGGGGGCUACGGUGGCGGCUACGGUGGCGGUGGUUACGGUGGUGGUGGCUACGGUGGAUAUGGUGGUUACGGAUACGGGCGUUGACAAGAAAGAACUGCUUUUAUUGUACAAAAAAUGGUUGAUGUUAUUGUUGUAUAAAUUAUGGUUUGGCGACAGAUCGUUUAUACUCCAGUGGACUGCGUAGUGCUUCUAAUCGCAAUUAUUUUUGUCUAGCGGCUACGGGGGAAAUGCUGGUUACAGAGACUGAUAAACAUGAUCUAUCCUAUGACUCCAGUGUGCGCUCGCAAGUACAGUACGGUAGUCACGGAUGCUACGACUACGGUUGCGGUAACCGCUCUAAUCGGUAUCGCUGCCACACGUAGACGCUCCGAAAUUGGAGACACUGGUCGUUAUGAAUGGCACCGUGGACGUGAAAGUUUUUACAGUUACAGUAGUUAACAUAGGUACCUUCGUUGGUGCGUGAACAUUAUUAGCUGUGGCUUAUCACUGCCUAACCGCUUUUCAAGGGCACGUUACAGCGCCACAUUCGACGCACAAUGAAGUUGUCUCUAGAUAUCUACUGCCUGUAAUGGGUUGUUUAUUUGAUUACCGACAAGAAGUUUAUACAAACGUUCAUGGCCCUUUGCCACGCAGAACAUUGGCAGAAAUGGUGAUGUUCCCGCACAUAACAGUCAAACGUGCCAUUAAAAGAUAUGGCCACCAGCACUGUUGAUGUAUGCUACUUAUAUUGUAGUAAUACGGCAAGGGCUAUACGCGAACUUCAUGCUAAACUGCUGUAAUCAGGCAGCAAAAAU